AUGGGUGGAGGACCGGUACGUUAAACAAUAUGUAGAAGCUAUUAAAAUUAAUUUUCUUUUUUUAGAGUAAAGAGCAAGUUGAAUAUCAAAAAAGGCAGGCACAGCUGAAUGAAACUGAACAAGACAAUGCGGCAGAAAUUGAAAGUACACAAGCAAGUAAGUUUGGUGAAAAAUGUAUUAUUGAUAUUAUUAUUAUAAAUAAUUGAUUAAGUUCACUGUGAGGAACACAGCCGACUCGAUCAAGAAAAACAAGAAAAACAGCAAAGGUUGGAUGAUUUGCGAGAGAAAAAUGAGGAUUCUAUACGGUAUGAUUUAAUAAAUUAAGAUUUCCCGAAAAUCAAUGAGCAAGUUUAUAGCGAACGACAAAACAAACUUUUUGAAGCACAAAAUUCAUAUAUGAAUGAAUUGGAGAAAAUCAAUGAAAAACAUGAGGAACGACGAAAAGAAUUGGGAAAUGAGUCAGCUAAGGAAAUUCGAGAAUUGGAAGUUGCUUUUGAGAAAGAGGUAAUGCUGGAAUUUUAGUUGAAUUUUUCAAGAUCAUAUUUUUACAGAAAAAAGAAUUGGAAGAGAAAAAUAAGAUUGAAGAAGAAAACAUUAAAAAAGAAGCAGCGAUUCAAAAAAAGGUUUUUGAAAAUAAAAUCGAAGAAAUUGAAAAGGUGAGAAGAGGAUUUAGCAUUUCGAAUAAUUAUUUGAUUUUCAGGAAAAAAGUCGUGUUAAAGAUAAACGAGUUGAUGAACUGAACAAGUUUGAAAAAAAAGAAGCUGAACGAUUGAAAAAUCAUGAAAUAAAAUUGAGAGAAGGUUCAGCAAGUUUAUUGAAAAUUCAACAAGAACAAUUGGAAAAAUUGAGGUAUUGUUAAUUAUUUCAUUUCUCAAAAAUAAAGCGUUUUUAAAGAGAGUUACAACAACUCGAGAAUGAGAAAAAAGAGCAGAUUCUUCAAAAUGCGAUUGAAACAAUGGUGAUUUAUCAAGAAAAUGCGAAUAAUAAAAGAUUGGCCAAUAACUUUCAUAGAAAUGUUGUUGCUGAAAUUCAGAAUACAAAUGAUAUUUUGGCAAAAGCUGCAGUUUAUAUGGAUGAUUUGGAUGAUGAAGAAUCGCGAGAUCUUUUACAGGUAAAACGAAUUUGAUCAUUGAACAUAUCAAUUUUGUUGUGGUUUUUACAGGAAACUACAAAAGAAUGGAAUAUGGCUGUACGAGUGACAAAUGAUUGUAUUAGAGAUGUUCGAAGUGAUUUGAAUAGUUAUUCAUCUGCAAACCAGAAUUUGAGAGAAUCUAUUAAUGUGAUUUUGUUAAAUUAAGUAUUUUUUCAAUACCAAAUUUCAGGAUAUGAUUUCGACAGUCGAAGAAGAAUAUCGUGGUGUUCAACAAUUAUCUACAAAACUAACGAUUGCGAUCAAAAAUAAUAAUAUUCCACAACUCGAAAACUUGAAAACGAAUUUCAAACGACAUUAUGAGGCGAUUAAUAAACAUGGAAAAAUUAUGAGUUCAAUUAUUUGCAAACCUGAUGAAACUUUGAAAAAACUGGAAAGUGCUCAUGCAGAUGGUAUGUUUUUAUAAAACAAAAUGCAAAUUUUGAAAUCAAAUUCGAUGUUUUUUCAGCCAACAAUCAACCGAGUAUUAAAAAAGAAUAA